CUGGCAGCCCUGGGGGAGGGGAAACUCGAGGAGGGAGUGGCCAUAUUGGAUCUCGGCCUCGCCUCCGCCGGGCUCCCGCUCCGUGUGCCCAGCCAUGUCGGACUACGAGCUGGAUCCCUUCGGGAGGACUGACGUGCGCUGCCUCACUCUGACCGGCCACGUGGGCUUCGACAGCCUCCCGGAGCAGCUGGUCAACAAGGCGAUGGCCCGGGGCUUCACCUUCAACAUCCUGUGUGUGGGGGAGACCGGCAUCGGCAAGACCACGCUCAUGAACACGCUCUUCCACACCAUCUUCGAGACGGAGGAGGGCAGCCACUUCGAGAGCUGCGUGUGCCUGCGGCCUCGCUGUUACGAGCUCUGCGAGUGCAAUGUGCGCCUCCGGCUGACCAUCGUGGACUCGGUGGGCUUCGGCGACCAGAUGCACAAGGACAGCAGGCCCAUCGCAGCCUACGUGGAGGCGCAGUUCGAGCGGUACCUGGAGGAGGAGCUGAAGCUCCACCGCUGCCUCUACACCUACCGCGACACGCGCAUCCACGCCUGCCUCUACUUCCUGGCGCCCACCGGCCACUCCCUCAAGUCCCUGGACCUGGUGACCAUGAAGAUGCUGGACAGGAUGGUCAAUAUCAUCCCGGUCAUCGCCAAGGCCGACACCAUCACCAAGAGCGAGCUGCCCAGGUUCAAGAGCAGGAUCAUGGCCGAGCUGGACAGGAACGGCAUAUGCAUCUACCAGUUCCACGACGACGAGGCCGUGGCCGAGAUGAACGCGCGCAUGAACGCGCAGCUGCCCUUCGCCGUGGUGGGCAGCACCGAGCUGGUGCGCGUGGGCGAGCAGCUGGUGCGGGCCAGGUGCUACCCGUGGGGCGCCGUGUGUGUGGACGACGAGAGCCACUGCGACUUCCCCAAGCUGCGCGACAUGCUCAUCUGCGUGAACAUGGAGGACCUGCGCGAGCGCACGCACCUGUGCCACUACGAGCUCUACCGGCGCUGCAAGCUCGAGUACCUGGGCUACCAGAGCGCGCCCGCGGUGCUGGGCUGGCCGCCCUCGCCCGGCGGCAGCGCCUCCCCGGAGCCGGCGCAGGACGAGAGCCACCGCAAGGAGCUCUUGGUGGAGCUGCGCCGCAAGGAGCGGGAGCUGCGCCAGGUGCUGGUGCUGCGGGCCCGCGAGAAGGAGCAGGAGGUGAAGGAGAAGGAGCGGGAGCUCAACCUGCGCUUCGAGGAGCUCAAGCGCCUCCUGCAGGAGGAGAAGCGCAAGGUGGAGGAGAAGCGCCGCCAGCUGGAAGAGGACAAGAACGCCUUCCACCACCAGCGGGCCGCGGCCGAGGCCCUGCAGGCCAUGCAGGCGGCGCAGACGCAGGCCAUGCAGGCCAUGCAGGCGCAGGCGCAGGCCAUGCAGCCCGACCCCGAGUCGUCGUCGUCGUCCUCCGUGCAGCAGUUCUUCCCCAAGUGGGACAAAGACCGGAAAAAGUGAAGCGCGCGCCGCGGCCCGGAGGCCGUUACGUGCUUGCAUCGCGGCGCCGGUCCCGCGCGCCAUCGUUUCGUUUCCAAUUCUUUACAGAAAAAAAUUCCGAUAAAAAUAUUGUGGCGGAUAGGGAGCAUUUAAAUCUGUGACAUCUUUGGGAGCAUAUGACUAGCAGUGGCAUCUCCGGGUCGGAGGAUGGACGGUUUAGCGCUCAAUUUACGGAAUUCUAAAUCGUAUCCCGGAAUGAUUUUUGGGAAUACGGUCCAACAGCACGUCGGUGUGUCCGUCUUUCCACAGCGUCGCCAACAUUACUUAUUCCUAUCUUUUCCACCUUUGCCAGUUUUCUGUAUGUGAAGGGAAACCUUAGAA